CUUCUUUUCCGGUUUAAUGUUUCUUGGUGUUUCUGUUUUUAUUCGUAUUCUUAUAACACCACCCAUUGCAGAUGUCGCAGUUUUUCAGUGUAGAUCGAUUAUGAUCUUUCAACGAUUCAAAAAAUACAGGUGGAUUGUGUAUGUGCUUGACCUGGUCGAAGUUGGUUCAAGUGGACGGGAUUAAGCAAAAUAUCGGUGCCUGACCUGGUACAAAGAAUCAGAGGAGGCACAGGGUUCUGGGUCUGUUAUAUUGCUGCAAUGUCUCAGAGCGUGCUGACGGGAAUGGAAAAUUCAGCUGCAAGUGUGCUGACGAGGGCUGUAGAGCUAGACAAUGAGUCCCGUUUGCAGAGUUCGUUGGUUUGUUAUCAAGAAGGAAUUGAUCUUCUUUUGCAGGUUUUGAAAGCUACCAAAGAUGACACAAAAAAAGUCUACUAUCGACAGAAGAUUAGUACCUACAUGGAUCGAGCAGAAGUAAUUAAAACCCAGCUGAAUAAGCUCAAAGAAGAAGGGAAAUAUCACGAACAGAUCAAAAUUGCAGAAGACGCUACUGGGUUUAGUUAUGAAAAACUAUUCAAACCAUAUUUGGAUCAAUUUGUUACUGAAGUAUGGGUAGAAGAUCCGUACAUUAGGCAUGUUCAUCAGCUAUACAACUUCUUGAGAUUUUGUGAGUUGCUUCUAAAAGGACCUUGCAAAGUAAAAACUAUCCAUCUACUGACUUCUCUUGACAAUAAUGGUGGUAACUCACAGCAGAUCAGUGGCCUUGAAGAGAUAAAGCAGUCAUUACAAAGUUAUGGGGUAACAUUGGAUGUGAACCACUCCUCUUCGAUACAUGACCGAGAAAUCAGAUUCAGCAAUGGAUGGAUGAUCAAGAUUGGAAGAGGAUUAGAUUACUUUAAAAAAACACAGGGACGAUUUUCUAUUGGUUACUGCGAUUUUGACUUAAGACAAUGCCAUGAAACUACAGUGGACAUUUUCCAUACCAAGUAUACAAAGAACUCAUAAUUCACAGACCCUGCUAUACUAGAACAAGUUCAAUUUUAUAUCUACAUUCUUGAGUCAACAAUACUCAAAUUAUACUAUAUGAAAGAAUCAGGAAUUGUGGUUCAAGUUGCAUCUAGCACAAAUAUUGAUGGUUGCUGGAGACCAAGUCAUCGUUGCAGAUGUUCCUCUGGGAUAGUGCCUUAACUUAACCAUCUUCGAGCUCAAAUGGGACGUUAAUUAACAAUUGAGAUUAAGUUAUCUGUUCCAUUCUCAACUUUUGAGAUACUGAAGCAGUCUACGUCUACCUGCAUAUGAACUUGGGUUGUUCAGAUGGCAUUCAUGUCACCUCCAAAAGGUUGGACAAAAACCUAAUCAUUUCCUUUUGAUAUUCAAUGUAUUACCACUGCUGACUUCUUCACUAUCCAAAUUUUGGAGGUCACCACUGAGCAGCAACUCACCUGAUCCAGUCGCAAAUAAUGUAACUCCCCAUUACUUUCUACUAUUUAAAGGUAAAAAAUAGAAGUGAUGAAAUACACUCCAUUUGCCUGGAUGACUACAGCUCCAUGAACAUUUAGGAAGUUUAACACCAUCUAGAACAAAGCAACACACAGUUGUACAUCAAAUCUAGCCCAGUGAGAAUGCAGCAAACUGCCAAAGCUUCCUCAACAGCAUCUUCCAGAAUUCUGAAUCCACACUCAAGAAUGACAAGGACAAGAAAGCAGGUACCGGGAACAAUGCUAUCUGCAAAUUCCCUCUCAAGCACAUCAGCAUCCUAAUUUGGAAAUACUUCAAUUCAUCACUACAAAAUUUGUAAUUAACAGCAGUAUUGAAGAAUCUACACUCCAAGCACUACAGGGCAUCAAACAGGCCGACCACCACUUUCUCAAGGGUAAUUGAUGCUGGUCUGGUUAGCAGUGUACACGUUACAUGAAUGAAAAUCUAAAUAUACAUUCGUAUAUUUGGUUCACCAUCUUGCGUGGAUGCUGUAAUUUAGCAAACAAAGUCAUUGACCAUACACAAUUCAGUUAUAAGAGAAACAAUCUAGAGUCUUCAAGAGAUUCUUAAUUGGUCUCUUUACUCCACUCAAAAUAACUCAAAUUUCAGUCAAUCUCUUUCCACAAUGAUUCUUGUGAGGAUUUUGCAGCGGUAAUUAACGUCGAGAUUAUUAUUGCUGUCUGUUUCUGUCAUAACUGUGAACAAUGGAGAAAGUGAGGACUGCAGAUGAUGGAGAUCAGAGCUGAAAAUGUGUUGGUGGAAAGGCGCA